AUGGGACUUUGCUUGUUGUCACAAUCACACUUACCUUCGAGUUUUUGGCUCGAAGCAUUUUCUACUAUUGUCUUUCUUAUCAACAAGUUACCAACUGCACAACUUGGUCAAGUUUCACCAUAUGAGAAGUUGUUCCAACGCCCACCUGACUACCAGUUUCUCAAGUCCUUUGGUUGUACAUGUUUUCCACACUUAAUGCCAUACAACAAGCAUAAACUUUCCUCCAAGUCUAUUAAGUGUAUUUUUCUCGGGUAUGACAAUCACUACAAGGGGUACAAGUGCUUUGAACCAAUCUCUAGGCGAGUGUAUAUUUCAAGGAAUGUUACUUUCGAUGAAUCUGAUUUUUCUUACACUAAUAUUCUAUCCAAGUCCUCUUAUGAUCACAGGUCAGUACCUCUUGCACCCACAUUAUUGGAGCCUCCUCAUGUUCCUUUAUCUCCAGGUCCUCCAACUACUCCACCUCCUUCUAACCUUGCUACGGACAGCCAUCUCUCACCACCAGCAACACCUGUUCCGCUCUCUACUCUGCCUUCAUCUCCAUCCGACCAACAUCUUCAUCAAUCUGCAAGCACUUUCCCUCCUUCAAUAGAAAUCGAGUCAUCUCCAACAACUCCAGCCACUACACCACCACCACGUGGGUUCAGUAGCCUUCAUGAUCUAGUGUACAACUCCACACGCCAUCAUCUCCCCCAUGCCUUAACUGCAACUCUUAUGGAUCCUCUCUAA